AUGCAGGCAACUGUGGGUAAAUUAUCAGAGAAGGCUGAAAUUAAUGGAAAACCAUUCGAUCAAUUACGUGGCCUUUUACUUAUCAUUGCAUUGAUCACUUCAAAUAUGCGUUCAUUAAAAUCAUUGACUAUAAAAUUUGAAGCUAUGAAAUUAUUGCAUAGGUACGUGCCGUGGGUUGAUAUAUCGGUUGUUGCAAAUCGUAUAUUGCCGUAUUUGGUUGAAAUGAUGUUCGAUUGCAUGGUUCAAGUGAAAUGUGAGGCCAUUUAUUCAGUUACUAAGCUACUAACAUCAUUCAAGGAAAUACCACGCCAUGAAACUGGACUAUUUAUGGAUUAUUUGUUUCCUAGACUUAAGUAUGUCUCCCUGGAUCGUAAUCCCGUGGUACGAAUAAUUCUGGCACAAAACUUGGGCGAUUUAGCCGAAGCUUCUUUCAGAUUUGUCUAUGAAAAACGAAAAAAUUUGACAAAAGAUUUGUUGGAUGGAUCGAUGGUUACCGAAAUGGAUGAUAAUGAAUGUGAGAAACAAUUUGCAAAACAAGAAACAAAAGCGCUUCAGCAGACUAUUGUUGAUAUUUUUGUCAAUUUAUGCGACUCCGAGAACAUCGUCAAGCAUAGUGUUGUAACUCGAAAGUCACUAACAAAGUUGUGUCGCUUUUUUGAUCGUCGAAGAGCAACGGAUGUCUUGCUAUCGCAUUUGAUUACAUUUUUGAAUGACAAAGUGGAUUGGCGCCUUCGAGCAGCAUUCUUUGAAUGUUGUCCCAUUGUUGCUUAUAUGAUUGGUCGUCAAGGUACCUACAUCUUACAAGCACUUCUGCAGCAGGGUUUAUAUGAUUACGAAGAAUAUGUGCAGUUCAACACAUUAUCUUGCAUAUGUCAACUAUGUGAAAAAAAUUUGCUCGAGAAAAGUGCCAUUUACGAAUUGCUGGAUGAUGUCGUACAAUUUUUAUCUCAUCCAAAUGAAUAUCUGCGAGUAGCAACGCUGAAUGUUUUGAGUACACUGGACGCAAAACUAAACAUAGCAGAUAUUUUAUGUCGAGUAAUGCCAGCGGUAGAACCUUAUGUAAAGGAAAGGUUGAUAAAACUGCGAAAUAAGUUUGUAAUUGCUGCUUCUCUAAAGCCACAUAUUCCACGUCCGAUUUGGAACUACGUAGUGAACGUUUCACCUGUCAAAUUAUUGCUCGAUUUUAUAGCAGACAAACAGAUAUAUAUGGCUUUGGAUGGUGGUCCAGAUUCGAUGCUUGCAGUCAGCAAAAAAUAUCAACCAGUUUCGGCACAAUUGGAAUCCUGCUUAAAACAUUUAGAAAAUUUGGGGUUGGAUCAUAAUGUUGAAGAUAAAUUAGUUCGUUUCGAGGACACGAUAAUUAAAAUGAUUGAUUUUCGUACCAG